AUGAGACAAUUACUAUUGCAAAGAAUUAAACUCAUUGGGUUUGUCCUUUACUGUUCAGUCAUUAUUGCAAUUAUCGAAGCAAAGACAGAAAAUCACGACUAUUGCGUAGUAGGUAGUGGUCCUGGAGGAUUACAAAUAGCGUACUAUUUGGAAAGUGCCGGAAGAGAUUAUGUCGUGUUUGAAAAGAAUGAUAUAUCAGGGUCAUUCUUUACCGUUUACCCGAGGCAUCGCAAACUAAUUUCUGUAAAUAAAUUACAUACAGGCCAUUCAAACAGUGAAUUUAAUCUGAGACAUGAUUGGAAUUCCUUACUAAGCAAGAAUCAAUCAUUUUUGAUGUCUCAGUAUUCGCGAGAAUAUUAUCCAAAUGCUGAUAAAUUGGUGGAAUAUCUCAAUGACUAUGCAGAACAAUUUAAGUUAAAAAUUAGAUAUGACACCGAUAUUUUAACCAUUACUCGAGAUAGUGAAGAUAGUAAUGCCAAGUUUAAAAUGAUGGACAGCAACGACAAUACCUAUAUUUGUAAAGUAGCCAUUAUAAGUACCGGAAUUUCUGUACCAUAUGUCCCAGCCGGAUUCGUUGGUAACGAUAUCAUUGAGGGAUAUGAAACAGUGUCCACCAAUCCCUCUAAUUUUAAAGGUCAAAAUGUCUUGGUUCUUGGACAAGGCAAUUCCGGAUUUGAAACAGCGCAAGCUAUAUCACAUACUGCAAAUUAUAUUCAUGUGUUUGGCAGAACUCGCGUUCGCCUUGCCACUUCAACACAUUAUAUCGGGGAUGUUAGAGCCAUCAACAGCAGACAUAUUGAUUCCUACCAAUUAAAAACCUUGGACGGAAUUUUAGAGGGAGAUUUAAAACUUGUUGCUGUAACUAAAACACGCGAAAAUCGCUAUCAGAUUGGCAUUAGAACUUCAGGCAAUUACUAUCGUGGUGCUAAAAAUGCACGCAAAGACUACGACCGGGUUAUUCGCUGUUUAGGAUUCAAGUAUGAUGAUUCUAUCUUUGGCGAAAAUGCUAAACCUAUUAGAGGAAGGCUUACAUACGAAAGAUAUCCGAUGAUGAAAGGCAACUUUGAGUCUUCUAAUGUAGAUAAUAUGUAUUUCGCUGGUUCUAUGGCACAUUAUUUGGAUUAUCGCCGCUCAGGCGGUGGCUCCAUUCAAGGCAUUCGCUAUAAUGCUCGUGCCUUGCAUCGAAUACUUGAAUGGCGAUAUCACAAAAUACCUUGGCCUGCAGUGACAUUUAGAGUUAAUGCAUUGAUAGAUCAUGUUAUUACUCGUAUUAAUCAAGCUUCAGGCUUAUAUCAAAUGUUUGACUCUUUGAUAGAUGUUAUUCUAAUCCAAAAACGAAAUCGAUUUCAAUACUUAGAAGAAGUUCCAGUAGGUCUUUUACCCAACCUUGAAGAGUUAACAGGAAGAAAGAUAAUACGUGGAUUUAUAACCUUGCAUUACAAAUACGGCAAAAAUUUUUCUAAUCCCGACACCGAUACAUUGGGCGAGAGAUUAUUAACCUAUUUUGCUAAAGACGGCUACAAAUGUAAAUAUCAUCACCCAGUCAUCGGAUACUAUAAAAAGCCAUUUACAGGUAAUAUUCACCGAAUAUGCUUAAUAGAUGGAACUUUACCGCAGCCAGAUAAGUUAUUCCAUGUCCUCGAAGAUUUUCUAACUGAAUGGUAUUUAAUGGACGAACACGUAUUUCCCUUGAAAAAGUUUUUGGAAAAUAUCAUCAAUAAGGAUUUGAACAACUAUUUUUCCGACUCAUGUUACGAAGUAAGCAUAGCACAAGCCCUGCAUCGAAAUGAAUUUUGUUUCUAA